AUGGCGUUGUAUGGAACCUCCGACGCUUUAAUGUGCAGGGUGUUUCCCACUACCCUGAGGGGGUCAGCCCGCACAUGGUAUAGCGGCCUGAAGACCGGGACUAUCGCCUCCUUCGACCAGCUCGUCAAAGACUUCGAGCUUAACUUCCUGGCCUACGCUCGACCAAAGUCGUCCGUUGCACUCCUCCUCGGACUCAACCAAAGGGAGGAUGAGCCCCUCUCCCAUUUUGUGAAUCGCUUUACAACACAAAUUCGGGGGUUGUCGGACGCUCACCCCUCUCUGUUAAUGCAGGCGUUUAUGAUAGGCCUGCGGCCUUCCAAAUUCUUCUGGUCCCUUAUGAAGCGACCCCCCACCGUAGUACCCGAGAUGCUUCAACGGGCGAACCAAUACAUUGCGGCAGAGGCCUGGAUGACCAGGAAGCAGGAGGGUCAUAAGCGGGUCAGGCCGGAGCCGACCCGAAGAGAACCACCUACCACGCCGAGAAGUAGGUUGGACCGGCAUGACCCGCCGGCGUUAAGGACCCCCAACCCAAUGAAGAGCCCGCGGGCGCUCGCAGACCAGACGAGGUAUUGUUGUUUCCACCGGCAAACUAGGUAUGACAUUGAGGAGUGCCGCGAGCUGAAGCGGCAGAUCGAGGGGCUCGUCCGUAGAGAGCACCUCGGUCGGUACCUCCGACAAAGUAAGGAGCUGUUGCCCCGCCCGGAGGGUCCCGUUGAGCGCCAGAUCAACGUGAUCAUGGGCGGCCCAGCGUCCGGAGGGAAUAGUAUGUCCGGAAGAAAGGCAUACGCCCGCUCCGCCGAGGCCGAUGCCCCCGGAUACGGCCCCGAGCCCAAAGUCACGUUCCCUCACAAUGGUGCUGAGCGGUCGGAGCACGAUGAUACUCUGGUCAUAACAGCCAGGAUCGCCAACGCCCAGGUUAGGAGGAUCAUGAUCGACAUGGGGAGCUCAGCCGACGUGCUCUAUUUUGAUGCCUUUCAUAAGCUCGGGUUAGUUAGAGAAGCCUUGGAGCCGAUGUGCUCGGCGCUCACCGGCUUCACCGGUGACUCGAUCUCGCCGUUGGGGGCGAUCACCUUGCCCCUAACCCUCGGAUCCCCGCCGAGGUCGAAGAUAGUCAUAACGACCUUCCUGGUGGUAGACCUCCCUACUGUUUACAAUGCGAUCCUCGGCCGCCCGACCCUCAACAAAAUCAGAGUCGUUGUCUCCACUUACCACCGGAUGGUAAAGUUCCCGACCCGCGCUGGGGUCGGGGAAGUCCCCGCGACUCCAGGUGGUGCUACUUGA